AUGACUGAUCCAUACAAAACAACAAAUUCCGAGCCUUCUGCUUGGAUGAAAAAGCCCACGACUCCUCUUGUAGACGUGGAUAGUGUGUCCACUACCACAACAUCGUCAACGACCUUCAGGCCUCCAUCCCCUUUACCAGAACGUCCGUCCUCUGCAACAUCCUGGCGAUCAAAACUCCAUAUUCAUGGCUCUUCCUCGCACUCCAGUUCACGGCGAUCGAAAUCCGCAGAACCGGGCAAAGAGAGAUGGCGUGAUGCAAAUCUUAGUGAGAAGGAGCGCUGGAAAGAUUGGCAAAAAGCAAAGGAUAAGGAGCAGAUGAGAGGUUCGACGGUCGGUGCUUUCACGCAAUUCUACAAGGGGAGUGGGGGAGUGGCGUACUGGAUAGCGUUGUGA